AUGGCGGAAAUCGUGGCAACCCAGACACCACCCGUCCUCGACGGACAUGUGCCUUCAGAGAAGGAGAAGAAAUAUGACCGCCAACUUCGACUAUGGGCGGCGAGCGGCCAAGCUGCUCUAGAGUCGGCAAACAUCCUGCUUUUCAAUACGGGCUCAGGUACCGUCGGCGUCGAGGCCCUCAAGAACCUAGUGCUACCGGGAAUCGGCCGCUUUGCGAUUAUUGAUGAUGCCGUGGUGCAAGACGCUGACCUUGGUGUCAACUUUUUUCUCGACGAAACUUCCCUAGGCAGGUCACGGGCUCAGUCUUGCACAGAGCUCCUUCUCGAACUGAACCCGGAGGUCCAAGGGGAAUGGUUUCCAAAGAACCAAGAGCCGUUGGAGCUGGACAAGAUCCUCGCGGCAUCGCCUACUUUCACAAUGAUCAUGUACACGUUGCCAAUCGACCCAGCACACUUGAAGGUACUGCAAGGCUACGGACAGAGUCAUCUUACACCUUUGGUCGCCAUUCACUCGGCAGGAUUGUACUCGUACUUCCGCGCGAGCCUCCCCGGCCCAUUUCCUAUCGUUGAUACUCAUCCGGACCAGACCGCCACUACUGACCUGCGACUCCUCUCUCCGUGGCCUGAACUGCGUGAAUUUUCUGCGCAGAUGACGAAGGAUUUAGAUGCCAUGGACAACCAUGAGCACGGCCACAUACCAUAUGUGGUCAUCCUGUUGCAUCAUCUUGAGCGGUGGAAGGAUGCCCAUGGUGAUUAUCCCAAGAAUUACGCCGAGAAGACCCAGUUCCGCAAAAUGGUCGCGGAUGGGGCAAGGAGGGAUAACGCGGAAGGUGGCGAGGAAAACUUCGACGAGGCGGUCGCGGCCGUCGUGAAGACCGUAGUGCCCACUAGUCUUCCAUCGAGCCUAAAGGAGGUGUUCGACUACAGUCUCACUCAGCCAAUCGAGCAAAGGUCGAGCUUCUGGAUCAUCGCAGACGCAGUGAGGCUAUUCUACGAGAGACAUGACUGUUUGCCACUGCCGGGGAACGUACCAGACAUGAAGGCGCAGUCCAAGGUGUACAUUCAACUUCAGAGCAUCUACAAGGCCAAAGCUCGGCAAGACGUGGCUGAGGUGCUGGGCAUGGUCAGACAGCUCCCAGGUGGCGAAGAUGUGGAUCCCGGAGAGGUCGAACUUUUCUGCAAGAAUGCAGCCUUCGUCAAGCUCAUCAAUUCUGGAGCCACAGGUGCUGAUCGUCUCGCCCAAGUCGCCAAUGAGGAACUAGACAACGACGCAAACAUGGAGGCUAUGAUGAUGCCUUUGUCCUUGAUCCCGAUAUACCUGGCCCUCCAUGCGACGUCACACAACGCUCAAGCGUCGUCAGAAGAGAUCCUGGAGAAGAUCGGAGACACUGUCCCAAAUGCUGUCAAAAACGAACGACUUGUGAAGAUGUCCAAAGAAGUUGCUCGUGCUGGCGGCGGAGAGUUGCACAACACAUCUGCUCUGACUGGUGGGAUGGUGGCCCAAGAGGUCAUCAAGAUCAUCACGAAGCAAUACAUACCAGUCGACAAUACCUGUAUCUUCGACGGCAUCAGCAGUAGAUGCCAGGUACUUCGCCUGUGA